CAACGAGAGACGAAGAAGGAGGACUUUCUUCGAUAAAUUGCUCCAUGUUAAACACAACAAACUAUACGGUGUGGAGUAUACGAAUGAAGAUUCUUCUUUGUGUACACAAAGUAGGGGGUAUCAUCAAAACUCUUAAAUUAAUAAUGUUGCUAAUUUAUUAAUUAAUUUGUGGAAUCAUUAAUUAAAAGAAAAUUUCUGUUUUUGACUAUAUUUUUAAAAAUAUUUCUAUUUAAAAGAAGGAAAAAUAUUUUAUUUCAUAAUAUUAUAUAUUAGUAAAAAAUUUAUAGAUUUGAAUUUCAUAUAUUUUUAUGAGAUUAUUUGAUAGUAUGCUGAAUACAUAUGGAAGUAUACAAAUGAGUUUUAUAUGUAACUCGAUAAAGUAAGACUAAAAUAUUGAUAUGAAAAAAUAAAAAUUAGAGAUACAAUUCAUUUUGAAGACUAAUAAAAAAUAAGAUUCUUUAUAUAUUAUCGUAAUAAUUAGUUUAUGAUUUCAAUAGGACUAUAUAUUUAGCUAGGAAUUUUCUAAAAAUUUAUUAUCUUACUAUAUUAUCGAAUUAUGUCAUAUCUUACACAGUCCCAACUUGGAACAAUUUUUUUUUAUUAAUUUACGGUAUUUAUUAAUUUAUCGAGUAUUAAUUUAUAGAUUUUUAUUGCACUUUUGUUGUAAUUUUAUGUUACAUAUAUAAUAUAUGUAAAAACGGUUUUGUUUUUGUUUUUAUCGAAUUAUGUCAACAAAACCAAAUCAAAACUAACUUUCAUCUUAGUUACAUUUUGUUUUUGUUUCUCCUUUUCAGUUGCAGUUUUUUUUUUACCAACCCUAGCUAAGCGUUGAAACAUUGAAUACCAACCCUACGGAAAGUAGUGGCUGAUCUCCUACGAAAAGUUGAUCUUCUAUAGAGAAAUCAAAUGUACGAUACCAUCCUUCGUUUGAUAUUUUAUAUGUUUCUUUUUUCUUUUUCUAAAAUACCUCGAUUGUCCAGUAAGAUUCAUUUCUGGAUACCUUCUCGUAGGAUAUAGACUUGAACAGUCAAUGUACUCAUCUAUAAAAUUAAGCUCAGUGUCUUAUAAGCAGCUUACCUCUCCACAGAAAUCUAAUUCAAAAAGUAUCUGCCAAUGAGGAGUCUUAUAUUUCUCGCAAUUCUAUCUCUCUUGGCUUUAACCUUUCCAGUAGCCAUUGCUUCUGACCCAAGCCCCGUUCAAGACUUUUGUGUCGGCGUAAACACCCCAUCCAAUGGUGUAUUUGUUAACGGAAAGUUUUGCAAAGACCCAAAGCUCGCCACAAUAGACGACUUCUUUUUCACAGGGCUUGACAGGCAAAGAGUCGCAACUAAUGCAGUCGGAACAAAUGUGACAGCUGUCUUUGCUGAUAACCUUCCUGGGCUCAACACCCUUGGAAUAGCAUUUGCUCGUGUAGAUUAUGCACCAAACGGGCUGAUCCCACCUCAUACCCAUCCACGUGCCAGCGAGUUCUUGAUUGUCCAAGAAGGAUCGCUUUACGCGGGUUUUGUCUCGUCAGACCAAGACGGAAAUCGUCUAUUCUGCAAAAUACUCAACAAGGGUGAUCUAAUUGUGUUUCCAGUAGGACUCAUCCAUUUCCAUGUCAAUGUGGGACGAGGCCCAGCAGUUGCAUUCACUGCUUUUAAUAGCCAAAACCCAGGUCUCAUCACUAUUGCUAAAACCGUGUUUGGGUCUAACCCGCGGAUAAACCCAAAUGCUCUUGCAAAAGCAUUCCAGUUGGAUCCUAGGAUUGUCAUGAGCCUACAGACCAAAUUCUGAUCAUGGAAUGAAAAAUAUUGAGCUUUUAAUUGCUUUCGCUUUCUUUACCGUUGUCUGAAUAAGGAUCAUGUAUUCCAUCACUGCAUCAAUAAAGUGACAUAAGGUCAUAAUGUAAUGCUUACAAAACUACUCCUGUCCACUUCACGUGUCUUAAUUUUCCAUCUAUCAAGAUAUGUAAAGAAUGAAAACAAAAAAACGAAACAAAAUUCUUUUUUUUGUGUUAAAAACAAUUUUGUUUAAAAAAUUUUAAAAGAAAAUUCGUUUUUAACUUUAAUAAACAAAUUGUUUCCCACUUUCGAAAAAAAGGAACUAACCAUAAAUAGGCCGCGCUCGGUUUUAUAAAUUCUUAGUUAGACCAAAAUAAUCUUUAAUUUAUAUUGGAGUGAUUAACAUCACACAUCAUAAUCAUAGUUUAAUUUUGAUGACAACGUGUUAGAUCCUUGUAGCAAACCACAUCAUGUUUUCGUUUUUUUAAAUAGUUAUACAUAUAAAUUAAACAUUACAGAAUUCCAUUACAUAUAUGUUUAUAUAACAAAAAUAUUACCAAGGUUUAUUUAUAUUAUUAGAAAUUAGUUUGUGUCCGUUCUUUAAAUUUCAAACUAUGACAUGCCAAAAACUGGCAUAUAGUAUGUUUGGAAAUGAAUAUUAUAUUUCUUUACAACUGAUCGGUACAAUCUAAAUUAGUAGUUAUCAUUCUAUAAUCCAUAUAGAACAAGUUAUUGUUCCAUUACAUGUGUAUUUUUCUUCUUCAAAAUAAUAUUUUCAUAAUGAGUUUAUAUAAAUAGGAUUCAAAGCUUAUGCUCGAACCAGAAUCAAAUGUUUUUGGUUUACUAAGAGCAUCUUCAAUGUAAAACUCAAUUUUUCCUUUAAAAUGGAGUAAAAAUAAAAAUAUAGUAAAAUUGCUCCAAUCCUACUCUAUUUUCUAUUUCAUAAUGGAGUGAUAAACAAAAAAAAAUAGAUUACUCCAUUUAUGGAGUAAAUUUUAUUAUGGAGUGAGAUAUGGAGUUGGGUUGGAGCAUUAUUUACUCCAUAUUCACUUUUACUCAAUUUUAGAGGAAAAAAUGGAGUAGAGAUGGAGAUGGCCUAAUAUACUGAAAUUGGAUCUUUUACUACUGCAAACUAACAAUGAUGUAAUACUUUAAAUUCAAUUCAAAUUCAAUUCCAGAUGAGUAUUUCACUCUGUUUCUAUUAGAACAAUAUUAAUGGAAGACAAAAGAAUAGGUCUCCAUGGUAACAAGUGUAACAAAACAGAAUCGUAAAGAUGAUUUAAAUUUAGUUAGAUUAAUAAGGAGCUAAGUGUAGGGCGAUGGGACGGAAAUAUAACAAUCAAAAGCAAAAUCAAUGAAAAAAUCAAAACAAGUCUCUAGCAUCUCUUCUUUUAUCAAGAAAUCCUAAUAUUUAAACUUUCAUUUAAAUCAGAAAACAUUAAAAACAUUAAUGAUUAGAUUCGAUUAGUUUACAAUUUGCCUUUAACAUUACUAGAGCCGGGGUCCGCGCUUCGCGCGGAUAAUAUGUUUUAUUAAAGUAAAUUUUUAUAUUUUUGUAGUUUUAAAUAUCAGAUAUUGGAAGUUAAGUUUUGUUCGUUGUUGAAUUAAUCAUAGAGCUUUUGUUUGAAUGCGAUGCGGUGAUCAGUUUUUGUUUUCUAAACAAUAGUAAGUUUGAAAAAUAUAUGGUUGUUUGCAUUGAAGUGUAAAUUUUAAAACAGUUGACUGGUGUCGGUUUCCGUCUUGUGGUUUGAUCCCAUGUGGAGGUAUGCCAUCAGGCUUAGGAUAGCAGUUUAUUCCUCUUUUGAAAGCGUUGUAUGACAUCUAUGUCGUUGUCAAAAUAAAAGCGCGAUUCUGGUGUGGUUGUGAGUGAUAGUUUCUCUGAAAAGUGAAAUAUAUGUAAGCAUUUAGUUAGACAUAAACUUUAUGUUUAGUUGAUUACCUUCAUGUAAUCUUGGAAUGAUACUUGUGAUGAUUACGAUUUGGUUUUUCCUGGUAGAUAUGCAAUUUAACUCCCUGAAAUUAGCCGCCUCAUUGUCCCAUAUAGUUAGACGGACCAAUUUGGAUCUACAAAAAAUUAUUGUAUUAUAUAUUUAUUGCUUAACGCAAUCCAAUGAUGAUUUUUGUAUAUGUGUUGUGGUUAUAUAAAUCACUUCUUUGGAUGAGGCAUAUGCGGUCAAAAACAUCGGUGGGAAUAAUUUGUUUUUAGCGACAAAAAUAGAGAAUUUAUUUGACUGUGUGAUAGGUAUGGGGUUUUUUUUUUUUGACCUGGGAGGAAGUUGGUUGCACUGGCUAAGCUGAUCAACUGGGAAUAGCGUUGGGGCUGGAAAUUGUAUGAAGGAAUCGGUGGAAUGUUUUCUUGAAUCAGUGUUAUAAUUGUUGUCUCAUUGAUAUUGAUUAUGUAUGGUUGAACAGUAAGCAUGUACCGUCAGUUAUUAGGAAGAAGAUUAAAAUAUCUAAUGUGAUAAAUUUUUCCUUCCUCGAACCGUUGGUACAUUGUGUCAGACGUAGAAAUAGGCAUCCACCCUUCCAUUUUUUGUUCAUGUUGAGUGGUUAAAAGCAAUUAUUUGAAAUGUUGUUGGAAUAAUUAAAAGUAAGUAUUUUUUUAGACAAACCUAGAUGUCAAGAUAAAUAAAAGUUGUUUCUAGGAAAGCAUUUUUAUUUGUGUGAUUUGUGAUGGGCUACAUCAUAAUGAUUCUAGCGAUAAUUGGUUGCGGUCCGAGGUUGUCGCUCCACUUGUUGUGAACUUCGGCUAGAAUUACAAAAAGAUAAAUUAAAAACAAAAAUAGAGAAAAAUUACAAUUAAAAAAUCAUCUAAAAGAAUUAUUUAAAAAAUGUAUUUUGAAAACAUAUAAUAUAAGACUAUUACUUAAUUAUUUUUUUAAUGUUUUUUUUAAUAUAUUUUAAUUAAAUUUUAUAUAUCUAGGGUAUAAGAGUCAUUUUACCUAUUAAAUGAAACAUUUUGGUCAUUCUAUCAAAACUUUCCUUCUUUAUCACAAUUUUUUUUUGGUUUGUUUUUAAAACAUAUUAUAAACAAAUAAAAUUUCGGUUGUAUAGGGUUUUUCAAAUUUUUGGUGGUGCUGAAAAAUAAUUGGUCAUUGUUACUUUAAUCGUUUUAAAAUAUAAAGUAAGUUUUAAAAUAUAAAGUAAGUUUUAAAAUAAAAUUAAUAUAUGUUUUUUUGUAUGGUUUAAAACUAAUAAGAUGUAAAUGAUGAAGAAUAUAUUAAAAGUAUAUAUAUAUAUAUAUAACCAAAUUUAUGAUAAACAUGGUCAAACAGUUCAUAAUUUGUAUGUUAAAUUAAAAAACAUCUUCUAGAUAAAAAGAAAAUCUACAUUUGUUUUUGUGCAUUAAAUGAAAAAGGGAAAUAAUAUGAAAAGCUUCUUUGCAAACAAUAGAGUGCAUUAACAACUUGUAUAUUUUGUUUAUUAGAGUUUUGGAUAAAUAAUUAAUAUUUCAAUAAUAAUAAUGUUUUCAUUCAAAAAUGAUAAUAUUUAAGUUGAAGAUGAGAUGAAGAGGAAGAGAAUCACGAUGAGAUGGAGUCGGUGAUAGGGCUAGGGUGAGGAUGAGUGAUCUUUAGUUUUUAGAGAAUUAUAUGUUUUAGGGUUUUUAGUAUUAAUGGGUUAGGGAUUAUGUUUUAGGACCUUUAGUAUAUGAGUAAUAAUGAGUUAGGGCUUUUAAUAUCUGAGUAAUAAUGAGCUGUUAAAAUGGAAUGUUGAGAAUAGUGUAAAUGAGCUCCGAAAUUUAGUAAUAAUGGGCUGCGAAAGUUGGUCUUUCAAGUCCAGUCUGGAAUGACAUGGCAGAUUAGUUGGUUCUCAAUUUUUUUGUCCAUGUGGCACCUUUAAAAAUGCUCCAAUUUAGUUGCUUUUAUAUAGUGGGAUUUUGCUGGUGAAGGACAAAUAACCCAUCCAUGUUAUUUUUAGCAACCUAAAGCACUUCCGGUGAAUAGAUUAAACCUAGAAACAUGUCGGAUCCAGAUUAGUUCAGGUCCACUUUUAACGUACCAGUUUAUAUCCGAUUUUUUCCUGUUCUUUAUUGUGUCGGGUCGGGUUCAUGUAUUCUGGUUCCAUAUCCGGGUAAAUGUCACAUUUUUGGGUCGGUUUCUGAUAUAUCGGGUGGGGUCUACAUAUGGUCGGGUCUAAAAUAUGUAUUUCGGAUACACUUGUACCCAUGAUACCCGAACAUCAAACCUGUAAUUUUGAAGACCUGCAAUAAGCAUAAGUACAAAAUACAAUACACAUUACACAAUCUGAAAACCUGCAGUAGUGCAAUAACCAUAACCAUAACUAAUAAACAUAAAAGUUAAACCUGAUCAAAGUUGCCAUUCAACAAAAAAAAAAAAAACAGAGAACAUUACUCUCUAAGUCAAGUAUCAAAGAUAAAACAACAUAUAAGAGAU